AUAUUUGUAACGAACAGAGAUUAAAAUUGCCUGUGUUUAAGCAAUUAAGCAUCACGCCAUGAAACCAUAUGGAGGAGUGGAGGUGACCUUGGCAUUAGAUGGAGGUAACAAUGCACACCUGGAGAAGCUUACUGUUGGGCUGCAGGGUUGCCAGACGGUUAUACACGACGGUGACGUCACGGCGUCCAUUAGCUCCUGCUAGAAACAAUGGAGUUCGCAGCCUAUCAUCAACUCUGGACCAGACCAUUGUCACAUCCCCAUAUCCGGACAUCACGAUACCAGAUGUCACUCUUGUCGACUUCAUCUGGGACAUGGUAGACAAAUUCCCGAAUUACACAGCCCUCGUGUGUGGGGUCACGGGCCGCGGGUACACGUAUGUCGAAUCUCGCAUUGCUGCCCGUUGCUUUGCGGCGUCUCUCCGCAGAAUGGGUUUCGAGACCGGGGACGUACUUGCUGUGGCUCUGUAUAACUGUCCCGAGUUCCAUCUUGUCUUGCUAGGAGCCAUGGAGGCCGGCAUGGUAGUCACCACAGUGAACCCUGAGUACACUCCAGGGGAGGUGGGGAGACAACUGUUCGACUCUGGCACGAAGUGUGUAGUUACAACCCCUGAAUCUUAUCCCUCUGUAUCUAAAGCAGUGAGUGAUAUAGAACUGGCAGCACACAGGAAAAUACCCAUCAUUGUGACCCCAGGAAUCGCCAAUACUGGCUUACCAGCUGGAGCCAUCGACUUCCAGGAGAUGAUACAAAAAGAUAUCGACACGAGCAUUCUUUCUGGAACUGAAAGAUCCAGCCCCAACAAUGUGGCUGUACUCCCGUACUCCAGCGGGACUACUGGUUUGCCCAAGGGGGUCAGGUUGUCUCAUAGAAACAUCAUUACUAAUUGCCUUCAAAUGUGUCAAACACCUCCGCUGUGGAUAGUCCGCCCAGCAACCAGUGAAAUGCAAGACGUUGUGCUGGGCGUGCUUCCCUUCUUCCAUGUAUAUGGUCUGACCAGCAUCCUGAUAUCCUCACUGUAUUUUGGAGCCAAAAUUGUGACCCUACCACAGUUCAAGCCUGAUGUGUAUCUCAGCACACUGGUUAAAUACAAAGCCACGGUCCUGUAUAUGGUGCCACCACUGAUUCAGUUCCUUGGGGCACAUCCCAAAGUGAUGAGUAAUCACUUUGAAACGGUUCGAUUUGUGACAAGUGGGGCUGGCCCGAUCGGGCAGUCUGAUGCACAACGUGUUCUGGAUAAGGGCAGCCACAUACACUUCAUUCAAGGGUAUGGGCUGACAGAGACAUCUCCCCUUGUGUCUGUGCUGCAGAGGGGCAACAUAAACCUAAAUUCUUCUGGCAUCCCCGUCCCAAACACCUAUGUGAAGGUAGUCAACACGGACACAGGUGUGAAUGUGGGGCAAGGUGUGGUAGGUGAACUCUGUGUCAAGGGCCCACAGGUUAUGCUGGGAUACCAUAACAACCCCAGUGCCACUGCUGCAACGAUAGACUCUGACGGAUGGCUACAUACAGGGGACAUGGGUUACUAUGACAAACACAGCCACCUGUUCGUUGUGGACCGGCUCAAAGAACUCAUCAAAGUCAAGGGCUUCCAAGUGGCACCAGCAGAAUUGGAGGAGAUUCUUCGCCGCCACCCUGCAGUGGGCGAUGUUGCUGUAAUAGGUCUUCCACAUGAAAAAUCAGGAGAGGUGCCCAAAGCUUUCAUUGUACCCAAAGACUCUAAACUAACUGCAGAUGAAGUGAAGAAUUUCAUGGCAGACAAAGUCUCAGAAUACAAGCGUCUGGAAGGUGGUGUACAAUUUGUUCCUAGUAUUCCAAAGAACUCUGCAGGAAAAAUUCUGCGACGUAAACUAAAAGAAAUGUAUUGUAAAUAAAUAAAUAUAAUAUGCUGGUAUUAAGCUUUUGAAAUGCAAAGUGAGUGGUUACGAUCCAACAGGUCAAUAGACCUACUUGGCCAGUUCAAACGAUGGUUUUCCAUAAACGAACAGCUCAUUAAAAUACUGAAGUGGGGCAGGAAGGCUAAUAUAAUUAGGAAGUUGGAGAUCAUAUUAGUUAAAAUUAAUACUACAAGAGUGGUUCAACUUUGGAGACCUAGGCAUAGAUGGAAGAUUGGCCUUCGCAUGCAGAGGAACGAGCCACUGUGCAAAAGUGGCAUGGAUUAAGGAAAACGUCAUUGGGAUAUCAAUGAAACAAAAUGUAAGUGUAUGGACUGGAUCCACAUGGCUCUAGUGGCAGGCUCUUGUGAAAACAUUAAUGAAUUUCUGAACUGCAUAAAAGACAGGAAUUUUCUUUUUGCCCAGAUGAAUGACUAUCACAUUAUAUAGAAUUUAUAUGUAGUGAACCUCAAAUACAGUCGUGCCAAACUCAAGUUCUGUAUGCAGAGAUUCAAACAUAUGCAAAUAAGCAACAGUAGUAAUAGUUUUGGCCAUUUUUGGCCAUUAGACAUUUUUACAAAACAACUUGUCACAGGGAAAGGUAACAGUGAAUGCAACUGAGAAUAAGAUGGAGCUGUCAAUUAUAUAUAUAUGUAUCUAGAUGUAACAGGAUGCUAAUACAUAUCCCAAAGAUGACUUGAGAUUGGUACCACUGACAGCAAUGACAAAUGUUAUGUUGAAGUUGAUACUGACACACAAGUAAUUACAGCUCUAUACUAUUUUGUUUAAAAAAAUUUUAAUCCCUGUUAUCUUUUGAUAAACCAAAUAUAAAUGCAACUGUAUCAAUACUUUUAAUGUACUUUCAUAGUUUCCCAAAACAAAGCAAGAACUACCAGCUAUCACUUAAAAUUUCCUAUGUAACAAAGUUGGCACUCAAUAUACUAAGUCAAUAUACUAAGACCUGUUGAUGAAUUUCUAAUUUGUUUGCAUAUAGUGUAACAUAAAAAGCACUUCAAUAAAUUUCUAUUUUUUUGU